GGAGUUUCAAAUGAAUGAUUAAAGCUCAUAAUUGUUAUGGCUUUUACUGGAUGGCUGUGUAUAUGGCCAGAAAUGGAGAUACAUCUCCUUUUAUUCUAUUAUUCACAAACUCAUUACGUUGACUAGAGUAUUUCAUCAUCAUAAUCGUCAUCAUCAGUUCUUCCUAUUUAGUAAAAAUUUAUGGCCCACGACUAAAAUAACUGCCUAUCCAACUUCAAAGAGUCUACGACUAUCCCGGGAUUCCUUUUGAGUGAAACAAGGGUCAAAGUUUCGGAAACACAGCUAAUGGUGGUAGUACUUCCUGUUUGAAAUGGAAUAGUUGAAAUCCUCAGAGAGGUGUGUGUGGAGCCCUGGCAAUGAACAGCUAUAGUCAGAAAGGCCUCAACAUGUCUGAGUCUGAUGAAGUUAUCUGAGGAAUGAGGGCUGACUUUGAGUAGAGGAUGUUGGAGCAGUGGCUGUUAAAAAAAAGAGGUAAUUUUUAUGUUCAGAUUAAUAGUUUUUCGGGUGGACUCUGGUGAGACUGCGUCACUGUUAGUCAGGAGUUGGUUGUGGUGGUGAUACCUGAAGGUUGUCUCUGGGGACAGCGUGUCCCAACAUGCUGAGAUGAUGGGAUAAAAAACAUGUACUGCCGCAGCAGUAGAUAUAAUAUCUGGCUGUGUAUGACUCACACCCUGAAGCUGCUUUAUUUCUCUGGGGCCUUGAAACCUUGGUUUGCCAAAGUCAUUCUCAAGCAAAAUCAUACGGACAUAAAUCAGCAGUGAUGUCGCCCACGUCUGAGUAAACACUGGAACUAUUCAUGAGUUAGCACUGCAACAGUUUUACUCAUCCACUCAUGUUGGGAGUUGAAGGCAAGGCACACUGUGUCUUCAGAAGUGCACUUUUCCCAUUUAUACAAGCUGUGUUCAGACCCUGGAAUGACUUCUGAAGCCAUGAUCUUGACAUUUACAGUGGGGAUGUCUUCCCAUUAGUCACCGAUGCUGUGGGGUUAUUACAAAGUGUGAACACUAUUAUUUCAUGGUGACUAAGUGAUUGGCAACAGAGCUAUUGUGGGUGGGUUACAGAUAUAGUGUGUGAAUAUAUCAUUUUAAUUGAUGUUAUUUUCUUCAAUGUCACAUGUAAUUAUCAUUAAUUAUAUUGUGUGAAACAUUAAGAAAAUCAGUUGUUUCUUUCAAAUUCUCUGAAAGAGAUCUGCUUGCUUCUCACGUAAUGAGAGUGCUCAUGUAUAGCUGUGGGAAAUUAGUCAACGUCUGUAAAUUACGACCUGAGGCCAUUUUAAACUUGCAAUUGAAUAAUGAACUUUGAACAAUGCAUGGAAAAUUGUGCCAUUGUUCAUUAAUCUUAUUGUCUGUUUUAGUGAAAGUCUGUACAGUGACAUUGUAAAUCUAGUAGUUUCGUAGAGUCUUAAAUCCCUAUAGAGUGCCUUUUUCCCGGGGUGAAGCUGUGGGCUUAAUCAGUUUCCUACCGUCUGUGUAUAUGUCUAUUAUGUAGGGAUCAUGACUUUUGGACUCAGGAUCCCAAGACUAGAUAACUGAGGAACCACCAAGCUAGGAGACAAGAAGCAACAUCCAUUCAUUUUAGUCAUUUGUUGAUUGAAUACCAAAAUCAAACCUACGCUCUGGCUACGGCGCUGCAGAAAUAUUUGUGAUGAAUCAAUUUACAGUCAAUGACUUCCCACACAGCAGACAGAAUUGGUGUUGAAACAGAUCAAGACAUUUGUGAUAAGUCAAAGCAACCUGUACCACUCAGAUACAGGACCAUUGUGGGACCUUAUCAGCUCCUGGAUGACGAUGAGGAAACCAGUCUGGUGGAAGAGAUGGUUGUCUCCUGUAGCCAAAACAUCUGAAACCUUUGGGUUAGAAGUAAAAGAAUUAACUGAGGAGAAAGAAGCACAGCACUUUUCUUAUUUUCAAAAUGUUCCUAAUCUUUAUAAUUUACAAUGAUUUAAUGCGAAUACAUGUGGAUUUGAUACAGUAUAUUAGUCCUGGUUGUUUAGAUUUGAUCUUAACAUUAUAAUGUGAUGUCUUGGCCACUACCUUUUGAAUACCUGAUUAAUUAUUAAGUAGGUCUAAAUUUGAAUUAAUCAUUAAGGUUAAUAAUUAGAACUAAAUCAUUACUUCUAAUGUUACGUAACAUUUUCCAUAGAAAAAAAAAGGUAAUGAGUGGCUUCAGGGUUCUUGUGUAACACUGAUUGUAAUAGUCCAUCAAGUGUGUUUGUCAGACAUGACACAAACACAAAACGUCCUUCUUAGAAUUGAUGAAUAACAAAUUCCAGCUUCAUUUAACCAAGCACACGUGCUACAGAUUUAAAAAGGAAUGUAAAUUGUUAAACUGUUUACCAAGAUGCAGCUUUAAACCGUCUUUUAAUUGACUGCUUUGUUUAUUUCUGUUGUAGUAAAAACAAAGGGCUUCACAUGGACUCAUCACAGAAUAUAAAUACAAAAGCUAGACGGGAUGAUGGUGUUUUCCAUUUGAAUGGUAUUUCGAUCAGAUCGGUUUUUCUUCUUUAAUAGUAGGUUUCUGUUACAUGUGUACACAAGAUGUCAACAUAUUUCUGCACGCUAAAUACACAAAGUGACAUAAAUGUGUACUUUAUUCACUGGGCUAGAGCUUAAGUGGCACUAAAAUGAAAACAUCACUCUAUUUUACAUAAAUGACACUUCGUAAUGUUAUUUUAUAAUUACAUUAUCACAUACAGCUGCCUUCGAAAACGAGUUUUCAUGCUUCAGUGAAGUUUCCCACAACCAUCACUUUGCAUUACCUACUGUAUGGGUUGUAUAGUAUCUCAGAAAGUUUAGCUUAAAUUAAAAUCAAUUCUUUAUUUUGCCCUUAAACCGCAGUCCCUGGGCUCUUGUUUGUGCAAUUCCUUGGGUUGUUAAGCAGACUUAACAGGCAGCUUUCAGCCCUGGUACUUUUCCUCUCUUCUGUGUUCAAUGUGGGUAUUUGGGAUAUAAAAGGACUUGCCCGCUUUGCCAGCUUCAGCCCAUAAAAGGACAAGAGAACAUGAAAGUGUUUAUCGUUCCCCUCUAGCGUGUCACAUUGGUGGCUGCAAAAGCGAUGGAGGGGGUCCUUAAUAAAUACACAUGCAUGCAUUCCUCACCCCCUGCAAGGUGAGGGCCACAUAAACAGAAAUGUGUCCAGUGGACUGUUUGUUCCACCGGGCGGACACCUGCAUAAUCCGCAGGACAUUUGGCUGUAAACGUUAUGAAAAACAGACAAUUUCACCUCCAGAUUACACAAACACCUACUACAACAUGCACAGGCCUGCCUCCUGCUGCUGCUGCAUGCCAGAUUAAUAUGCUGUACACAGACUGGUGACCCCUCCACUCCCAAUCCCGGCCCACCAUCUCUGAAGCACAUUCUCUGAGAAACAAAUUCCUCACAAAGAAACAUAACAGUGCAACGAUGGCUGAGGGGGCCCCUCUGGUUACAGCAGAGUGGGAGGAGGCGCGGAAUGAAAGAGGACAGAGUAUGGAGCAGUGAAAGAAGGAGGGAGAGGCACAGAACAGAGAAAGAGGGGGUGUCAAAAAGGAGGAGCUGGUGGAGAGAGUCCGAAGGAGACCGUUAAAAACAGAAAGAAGUGAAGAGUGAGCACAUGUGAGAGCAGACGGAGCAGGAACAAGAGAGAAAAACCACCAAGAUCCAACAGGAAUGAUGUCACUGUGCACAACCAUUGUUGGGCUUCUUCUUUUUCUGAUCGUCUCACCACUCCUCCACUCUCAACUCUACAUCCAUGCUGCUUCAACCUCCUCUCCCAUCACUCGACACCGAAUCAUUUUCAUGACUAGCUUGGACUCUGAUGACGACUACGGUGAUGAUUACCGGGAUGAGGACAAACCAACUACUGACAUAGUGUCCGCUAAGAGGAUAACUGUUGUCCACACUCAGCCAUGCAAGUAUAACCCCUGCUUGGAGAACCAGGAGCCCUGCAACAAGCUGGCACAACAGACUGGAUGUCUCUGCCCUGGGUUCAGUGGAGCUGAUGUGCCUCCUCUUCCUCCACGCCUUCAAACACUUCUGCCAGUUAGUCAUGGAGAGAAUAGAGGAAAAAUAGAGGUGAAAUGGUGCGCUCCACCUUCUUUUGUGUCCCACUACAGAGUGACGAUGGAGGGGAAUAAUGGUGAUGCCUUGCAGUUCAAAAGUGCACUUCGACAGGGUUUUAUAGGAUCUUUGGAAGUUGGGACCAGGGUGUGUGUGGAGGCUGUGAACGGUGCAGGAAACAGCGCCUUUUCGGAAGUUUCCUGUCAGCGUUAUGAUCCACCAAAUUCUUCUGAGCAUAAUUUGCUGGGUUGGAUAUUAGGUGGUGGUGUGGUACUUCUUCUCCUUAUAGUUGUGACAUCAGUCAUCCUGUGGAAGAAAAAAGGGUGCGGCAGGGCAAAGAGAGACUCCACUGACGGACUUGGGAACCCAUCUUAUAGCACAGAAGGAACUCUGUAAUCCACACAUGCAGUAAGGACUACAGUCCUUCCGGUUUUCACUGACCACAACUGUAUAGUUAUGGGAUGGUGAAAUGAUUCA